AUGGCCGGUGAUAUUGGGGAACAGGGCAGCUGCACAACGUGCGCAUACACUGAAGACUUUUCCAAUUACUGGACCGCGGCGAUGUACUUCAAACACCAGAACGGCUCGUACAAACGUGUUCCAAUUUACCCAAACGCUCAGCUAGGAUUCGAUGGUCAAGAUGCAGAUCACAUCAAGGGAGGUAUGACGAUAUACUACACCCAGAAAGACUUCGAAAGCUCGGACCUCGACAAUCCCGUGAGAGCCUUUCCACCGGGCUUCCGGAUGACUGUUGGUAACCCGUCAACGAGUACACUCAACGGUACAAAGAAGGGUCUGGCAUACACGUGCUUGCAAACCAUCCUCACCAGAGGUCAUGAGACUCCUGACUUCCCGAAGGAGCCUUGCCCAGCCGAUCAAUCCCAUAUGUUCUCGACCACACGGGGUGGCUUCCGCCCGGCGGACCCGUGUCCUGCGUCGCAUCCCGUCAAGAUGCCUCAACUAGCAUACGAAACAAUGUGGAAUACAACUGCCUUCGCCGACAUGUGGCCAACCGAUGGUUCGCAGCCGUUUGUGUGGAGUUAUUCUGAUAGCAAGGGCUACGGUACUCAUGCUGACUACGUGUUUGGGUGGAAGGGGGACAGCUUGCAGCGAGUAAUGAACGAUAGUUGCAUGUUCCAUAACUGUGGAAGUCCGGGUAUUCAGGGUGUGCUAAAAACACAGACUGUGGAGGAGAUGAACGCCUGCGCGGUUGAAAGCUCCGUUGACGAAGAGGUGGAUGGGUGGCUCGAUCAUCUGCCUGGGUACGAGAUGGAGGUUUAG